CUCUUUACUUUUCACGUUCUUAAUUUUUUUAUUCCUGCGAUUUCUACGAUCAAACGCUAUUCACCCCCCCUCUAGCGUUGGUCACUUAUUCCAACAAUUGGUUUCAGAGCCUAACUCGCGUCCAAACUUAACCGUUUGAGAGAAAAGCGAUCAUGGGUUCUUGUUCUAGAAAUUUGUAUGCAGGAAUAAGUGAAGGGCAAUCAACCACACGGCCACCUCUUCCAAUUAUACAUAUUGGAAAGAACGAAUGAGAAUCUAUAUUCGUUCCACGAACUUCCAAUUAUGGUUGGUUAUCAAAAAUGGGGAAGAGGUGCCAAUGAAGAAAGUUGGCGACAAGUUGAUCCCCAAGACCGAAGACAAGUUUGAUGCCGAGGACAUCAAAAAGGUCGAGAAUUAUGCAAAGGCAAUAAAUAUGCUUUAUUGUGUCGUAAAUCCUGAUGACUACCGCAAGAUCUCCUGCUGCUCAACCGCCAAGGAGAUGUGGGAUAAACUUGAGGUGACGUACGAAGGAACGGACCAAGUACGUGAAGCCAAGAUUGACUUCCUCACCCAAGAAUAUGAGAUGUUCAGGAUGAAGGAGCACGAGAAGAUCGACGACAUGUUCGACCGAUUUUCCAAGAUAGUCAACGAUCUUCAUGCAUUGAAGAAGACUUACACCGACAGGGAUCUUGUGCGAAAGAUCCUACGGAGCUUGACAUCCGAAUGACGAUCUAAGGCCGAUGCCAUCUAUGAGUCAAUCGGCACAUCAAAUGUCACCAUCGACGGUUUAAGAGGUUGUAACGGUUUGUUAAGCACCCGUAAGCUUAACGGAAGUAGUGUAGCUCGAGAGAGUCUCUCGGGAGGCUGGAUUAGCCACAAGUUGUGGUGAACCAGG